ACCAAAAUUGACAUUGGGGACACUGGACAAAGCCGUUUCAUAUUCUUCCACCACUUCCUGUCUUCCCUUCCCUUUCUCCUACUUUCUUCAUUACUCACUAUAAAAAGAAGCUCAAUAUCAAAAGAGAUUGUGAAUUAAAAAAAAAAAAAAGAGGAAACCAUGCUCAGGUUCAUCACAAGGAGGAGUUCUUUUGGUACUAAAGAUGCCUUCCAAAGGCUCUUCUCCACAUCUCAGCUACAAAGACUAGCUGGGAAAGUGGCAGUGAUCACCGGAGCAGCAAGCGGAGUCGGAAAAGCUACCGCAACCGAGUUCAUCCGCCAAGGUGCCAAUGUCAUCUUGGCCGACAUCCAACACGAUGCCGGCCAAGCCAUAGCCGUCGGCCUUGGCCCAAACGCCACCUUUGCCUUUUGCGACGUAACCAAAGAAUCCGACAUUUCCACCACCAUUUCCCUUGCAGUCAAAACCUACGGCCAUGUCGACAUUGUCUACAACAAUGCCGGCAUUGCCGGGUCUUUAACUCCAUCAGUUACUGAGCUCAAUAUUGAAGACUUUGACAAGGUAAUGGCGGUAAAUGUCCGGUCUGUAGUGACUGGAAUAAAACAUGCGGCAAAAGCAAUGAUACCGAGAAAAACCGGCUGCAUUCUUUGCACAGCAAGUGUAACUGGCAUUCUUGGUGGAAUGGCUCCUAUAGAUUAUACAGUGUCAAAAACUGCGGUGGUCGGAGCGGUGAGAGCCGCAGCAGCAGAGCUUUGUAAGUAUGGAAUAAGAGUCAAUUGUAUUUCGCCCCAUGCUUUGCCUACAGCUUUAGGGGUGAAGGCGAUGAUGCAAAUGCUUCCGGGGGUGACAGAAGAGAGGGUGGUGGAGAUGAUUUAUGCGACCGGAGAGUUCGAGGGGGCGCGGUGUGAGCCGGAGGAUGUAGCGAAGGCUGCAGUGUACUUGGCGUCAGAUGAUGCUAAGUAUAUAAGCGGGCAUAACCUUGUGGUGGAUGGCGGGUUUACCGUCAACAAGAAAUUCGAUUUUCCGCCACCGUAGUUAUAACUAUUUUGAUCAUUCGAAUAAAUACAUGUAUAAAUAAAAAUCAAAUGUGCUAAGCAUUAUAAACUUAUUGCACAUUAAAAAUUCAUAAGGGAGUCCAGUUUA